CCAGAUUCCUCCCUCACUUGUCAUCUCUCUGAAUCCUCGUGACCCCCUUCUUUCUCUUUUUCUUUUAUUAUUUCUUCAACUAGCGAAGCUACAUCUACAGAGGAAGUAAGAUCAAAGUCAGCUACCAAAAGGAAUCCAAUUUGCCUAGCUAGUUCACUCACCUAUUUAUACUCGCAUGCUCUCACCCCACAAGCUCACAACACAUCCCAUCUGAUUCUCACCAACACAGACCAAACGCCUCUCUCUCUCUCUCUCGUUCCGUUUGAUUGUCAAACCCUUUUUCUUUCUUUGCUGGAAAUGGGUUUCUCUGAAUCCUUUAAAACAACCUUUUUUCUUAUCAUACUCAUUCAUCCCAAUUUCACCAAUCUGUGCUCUGGAGCUAGAAAGCUCACAGCUCUUUACCAGCCACCACCUAUGCUUCUGACAUAUCAUAAUGGAGCUUUACUCGAAGGAGAACUCCCUGUCUCUAUUCUGUGGUACGGUAAAUUCACCCCAUCUCAGAAAUCCAUUGUUGCAGACUUUUUGGUCUCUCUUACCCCACAACAACAAAAGGCUUCCUCGUCUACAGAAGCACMUUCGGUUUCUCAGUGGUGGAAAACCAUCGAGACCUACAUGAAGAAUGCCGGGAAGAAGGGGACUCGGAUCAUUUUAUCUGACCAAAUCAUCGAUGAGAAGUACUCUAUGGGAAAAACCUUGAAAAGAUCCCAGAUUUCCGAGUUGGUCCAGAAAGCCGAUCCCAAACUCGGAAGUCUCGUAAUCAUUCUGACGGCGAAGGACGUUGCGGUGGAGGGGUUCUGUAUGAGCAGCUGCGGUUUUCAUGGCUCGGACUCGAAGAAGAAGUCGGCCUACAUCUGGGUUGGCAACUCCGAGAUUCAGUGCCCGGGUCAAUGCGCGUGGCCAUUCCACCAGCCCAUCUACGGACCACAAACCCCACCGUUGGGUGCGCCCAAUGAGGACGUGGGCUUGGAUGGCAUGGUCAUAAAUGUAGCCAGUCUUUUGGCCGGAACUGUAACUAAUCCUUUCGGGAAUGGAUAUUACCAGGGUUCCGGCGAUGCGCCCAUGGAAGCGGCCUCGGCUUGUCCGGGAGUAUACGGUAAGGGCGCUUAUCCGGGUUACGCCGGAGACUUAUUGCUGGACCCGAGCACGGGUGCAAGCUACAAUGCGCAGGGUGUCAACGGGAGGAAGUAUCUGUUACCGGGGAUAUUCGACCCUUCUACUUCUUCAUGUUGGACCAUCGUGUGAUUUUUACUAGCAAGGGGUAGGACGCGUGUCCUCUCCAAGUGCAAUCUGUUGUACAUAUGUAAGCAAAAUGAUUAAUCGUAUUUCAUUCUUUGUGUUUGGCAGUUUGAGCACCAAUA